AAGCAGGGGCGGUAGCUGAAGAGAUACUGGUGGCUAUCAGGACAGUUUUGGCUUUCAAUGGGCAGAAGAAAGCUGUGGAAAGGUAUGAAAAGAACUUGGAGGAUGCUAAAAACUUUGGAAUAAAGAAGGCCAUCACCACUAACGUGGCCAUGGGCUUCACCCAGUUUGUCAUAUUUGGGACGUACGCCUUGGCUUUCUGGUACGGGACCAAGCUCUCUGUAGACGAGCCUGAAAACUACACCAUUGGAAAAACCAUUACAGUCUUCUUCUCAGUGAUUAUUGGGUCGUUCUCUUUGGGCCAGGGUGCGCCUAACUUGGAAGCCAUCGCCAAAGCCCGGGGUGCUGCCUAUGAAGUCUACAAUACCAUUGACCAGCCGCGGCCCAUAGACAGCAGUUCAAAGGAAGGUCUCAAACCAGACUAUGUGAAAGGAGACAUUGAAUUCAAGAACAUCCACUUCAGCUACCCCUCCAGGAAAGAUGUCAAAAUUCUUCAGGGAGUGAAUCUGACAGUUCCUCGUGGGAAGACCAUAGCUCUGGUUGGAGCCAGUGGAUGUGGGAAGAGCACCACCAUUCAGCUGCUGCAGCGCUUUUAUGAUCCAGACUCAGGAGAGAUUACCCUGGAUGGUCGGGACAUCCGGACCCUGAAUGUGAAGUGGCUGAGGGAGAAUAUGGGUAUCGUCAGUCAGGAACCUGUGCUAUUCGGAACAACCAUUGCAGAAAACAUCCGCUACGGCAGAGAGGAUGCCACAGAUGAGGACAUCGAACGGGCCGUGAGAGAGGCCAACGCAUACGACUUUAUCUCCAAACUCCCCGAUAAGCUGAACACCAUGGUGGGGGAGCGGGGAGCCCAGCUCAGUGGAGGACAGAAGCAGAGGAUAGCUAUCGCCCGGGCCCUGGUCAAAAACCCGAAGAUCCUCCUGCUGGACGAGGCCACCUCCGCCCUGGACACCCAGAGUGAGUCGGUUGUCCAGGCCGCUCUGGAUAAGGCCAGGGCGGGCCGCACCACGAUAGUGAUCGCCCACCGCCUGUCCACCAUCAGAACAGCUGACGUGAUCGCUGGCUUCAGCAACGGAGAGGUGGUGGAGCAGGGAACACACAGGGAACUCAUGGACAAGAAGGGGGUCUACUACUCUCUGGUCAUGCAGCAGAGUCAAGGGAAGCCAGAGGAAGAUGAAGAGGACCCUGUGGAAGAGGAUAACCCUCCUAAAUAUGAGGAUCUAGAUGAUGUCCUGUAUGACUCAUCUGACAUGGAUGAGCUGGAAGUGGUAAACGAGGAAGGAAUAGAAAACGGCGGCUUUGAAAGGAACUCAAUCAGCAGUGGCCGUGUGGAAAUGAAACUGACCAGGAGGAAAUCUAAGAAGUCCAAGAAAGACAAGAAGUUUUGUCAUUGAUGACAAUGUUUGAUGACAGAAGGAAAAGAAACCAGAGGAAGCUCCAGACAUCCCCUUCACCAGAAUCCUGG